GCUUAACUGUAAUGCCAGCUCCAUCCAUCAACUGCCAGCAUGAACACACGCCAAUCAAAAACCAACUCAGACACAGACUUGUGUACAACAGACUCAGUUAGUGUGUUCGAUAUAGAGCCAGUAGUGGAGGAGACAGCAUUCCAUCGCAUUGUCAAUGUUUUUCAGCCCUAUAUCCAGCCCUGUGUGGCUGAACUGGUGGGCUCCACGCUUUUCAUCUUCACUGGCUGCAUGUCCGUCAUAGAGAAUCCGCAGGGCACUGGGAGUCUGCAGCCAGCUCUAGCACAUGGCCUAGCACUGAGCAUCGUCAUAGCACUGUUUGGAGAGAUCAGUGGAGGUCACUUCAACCCCGCUGUCUCUGUGUCUGUUUACCUGAUCGGGGGUCUUAAUGUCAUCCUGCUGAUACCGUACAUUAUGGCACAACUGUGUGGUGGACUCAUUGGUGCAGGUCUGGCUAAAAGUAUCUCACUACCACAUAAUUACUACAAUGCAUCUGGUGGUGCGUUUAACACCGUCCAAGAGCGAGCUCAGAUUGAGCCUGCUGUUAUAGCUGAGAUGGUAAUGACGCUGUUCCUGACUAUGUCAGUGUGUAUGGGGGCAGUGAAUGGCAAGACACGUACCUUACUAGCUCCAUUCUGUAUUGGACUGACAGUUGGCGCUGAUAUCUUAGCAGGAGGAGCAGUCUCUGGAGCAUGCAUGAACCCAGCACGUGCUUUUGGACCAGCAGCAGUGGCUAAUUACUGGGCAUAUCACUGGAUCUACUGGGUCGGACCCAUGGCUGGUGCACUGCUCACUGCUACUCUCAUUCGGUUGAUGCUGGGUGACGAGAAGAUUAGAGUGAUACUGAAGUAACUUCAAUGUAAAUUCAAUCAUUCAAUGCCAAUAGUUCUUCCAAUUUGUCAUUUCUGAAUGUUUAACUGUUCACUUUUGCUACCGCCUAAUAAUACAGAAUAGUACUUAAUACGGACAAUAGUAUAUAAUAUAAAUUUUGAGUAUUUGUGGACUCUAAAAUGUUUUUAUUUUUGUAGUGUGAGUUGCAUAACACUUGAUACAAACACACACACACAAAUCAAAACUUAAUGAGCAUAAAAGCUUCAAAUCAGUUCAGAACUGAACUGAACACAAAGCACGUAAUUUGUUUUUAACAGCUUCAGCAGUAAUAUACACUACUUCUCUACUACAGCAGUGUGAUUCUGUUAAUUGCUUUGUGUUCAGUUUGACGUUCUAUGAUGCCUGGAGUUUAGCCUGGACUGGUUAUUAUUUCUUUUUGUCUUGUUUGUCUAAAAAGUCUGAAAUAUGUUCAGUACAUUACCUUCUUGAAGAAUCACUGACUGUAUAAUUGUGAUCAAACUAUGUUACACUAUUGCAGUUUCUUUAUAAACGCUGUCAACAGCAAAGCCGGCCCAGACAAUCACCCUGUUUUUAAGUAGGAAUAUUAAAUUUGUUCACCGACAUAAGAUACAUUGACCAAGAUAUAUAGACUAAAUCAGCAGAUUUAUUCAUCAUUCUUACUUUUUCAAUUUGGAAGAAUCUUUAAUUACAUGCCACUUGAAUGAACUUGAAUCUUGCCCAUUCAAAAUAUUGUCACAAAAUGUUAAUAAUAUAUAUGUAUAUUAGUUAUAACAAAGAACAUCACAUUUCCAUUUCACAUUUUUACAUUUAUAUCUUUUAAUUAACUUCAGAUUAACUGAAAUUUCACUUCAUUGAAUUUGACCAAAGUUCACGUUUGAAUAAAAAUGCAUACUCUGUGGUCAUAAUUUAUAAAGGAGAACCUCAACCAAGCACAUUUCCUUAGACCUUAUGAAGCCUUGUGUACUGUAAUACACUGUAAUUCACCAUAAUCAUGUUUGCAGUUUCGUGGAUUUAUUGUGGUAUAGAUGGUCUAUAUAAUUUCUUCAGUUAUAUUCCAGUGUGUUCUGUUUUUUAUUUUGUUUUUUUAUAUAUAUGUAAUAAAAGUUUCCACUCA